GUUUUGUUUAUAUUUUAUUUUUCGUGGCAAAGCAUGCAUCGAAGGAAACAACGCGUUUCUGCAUUCGCCAACGGGGCAAUUGCGCUAACCAUGUUUUCAAAUUAGUGCUGCGUUUCUGCGUUUUCAAAUUGUACCCAAUUCCCAUUCUCAAUUUCUUCUUCUCGUAUUCCGGAGAUUGAAAUUGAGAUUGGCGGAAGGUAACAAAAAAGAAGAAAAAAAAUGUUAGAAAAGUGUUUGGGAGCUCAAAGGGCGAAAAGGUUCCAGCGAGCUCUCAGGCAUUGCAAGGUCACGAUCCUCUGCUUGUUCCUCACCGUCGUUGUCCUGCGCGGCACCAUCGGCGCCGGCAAGUUCGGCACGCCGGAGCAGGACUUCGUCGACAUCCGCAACCGCUUCUACUCCCGCAAGCUCCCCGAACCCCAACGUCUUCUCGGCGAGCUUCAUUCCACAACGACGUCGGUUUCCUCCUCCGACUCUUCCACCAACAACUACAAUGCCUUCGACAUCAACACCAUAUUGCUCGACGAACCAGAAGAAGAAACAGACCGCGAGAAUUUCAACUAUCGUCUCGGCCCCAAAAUCUCGGAUUGGGACGAACAGAGAUCUCGCUGGCUCCGCAAGAACCCUGAUUUCCCGAAUUACCUUCGACCCAACAAGCCUCGUGUGCUUUUGGUAACUGGGUCGUCGCCGAAACCGUGUGAGAAUCCCGUUGGGGAUCAUUACCUUUUGAAGUCCAUUAAGAACAAAAUUGAUUAUUGUCGUUUGCAUGGGAUUGAGGUUUUUUACAAUAUGGCCCUUCUCGACGCUGAAAUGGCGGGGUUUUGGGCUAAGCUUCCUUUGAUUAGGAAGCUUCUUUUGUCUCACCCUGAGGUGGAGUUUUUAUGGUGGAUGGAUAGUGAUGCCAUGUUCACGGACAUGGCGUUUGAGGUGCCAUGGGAGAGGUACAAGGAGUAUAACUUGGUGAUGCAUGGGUGGGAUGAGAUGGUUUAUGAUGACAAGAAUUGGAUUGGGUUGAACACUGGGAGUUUUCUGUUGAGGAACUGUCAGUGGUCGUUGGAUAUUCUUGAUGCUUGGGCUCCAAUGGGGCCCAAGGGUAGGGUUAGGGAUGAGGCUGGGAAAGUGCUCACGCGUGAGCUCAAGGAUAGGCCUGUUUUUGAAGCUGAUGAUCAAUCUGCCAUGGUUUAUUUGCUGGCUAAGGAGAAGGAAAAGUGGGGUGGGAAGGUUUAUCUUGAGAAUGGUUAUUACUUGCAUGGCUAUUGGGGGAUUUUGGUUGAUAGGUACGAGGAGAUGAUUGAGAAUUAUCGUCCUGGUUUUGGUGACCAUAGGUGGCCCUUGGUGACUCAUUUCGUGGGGUGCAAGCCUUGUGGGAAGUUUGGGGAUUACCCUGUUGAGAGGUGCUUGAAGCAGAUGGAUAGGGCUUUCAAUUUUGGGGAUAAUCAGAUUCUGCAGAUUUAUGGGUUUACGCAUAAGUCGUUGGGUAGUAGGGGAGUUAAGAGAAUACGGGAUGAGACUAGCAACCCUCUUGAGGUCAAAGACGAAUUUGGGUUGCUUCAUCCAUCAUUCAAAGCAGUCAAGGUAUCAUCAUCUAAAUGAGCAUGUCGGUGUUGGUGGAAAAUGUCAUGUUUAGUUACAGAAAUAGGAGUUUUUAGCAUUUUCGCUCUUCACGUUUAUUUGUCAUAGUUAUAUAUAUAUACAUAUACUAAUUAAAUGCUGUUGAUUAAUUUGUAGCCUCUCUCUCUCGGUCUUAAGUUUCUCAACUAAUGUUUGUAAAUUAUUCAUAUCCGUGGAUUGUAAGUUUGUAACACAAAAUUUGUACAAUGGAAAAAGUUGCAUUUGCAUGGUGGUUCUGCACAUAUCACUAUUCGUUGUCAA